GGUUUCUUCUGGACAGAAGAAACUCAAACCUCCCUCUCCUUCUCCUUCCAUCCCUACAUAUUCUCCCACUCUCAGAUUCUCCGCUCAAGUCAAGGUGUGAAGUUUGUUUUAUUAGAUAGAGAUUUGAAGGCCAAAGAUGGGUCUGGUAGUAGUGAUUUCUCUGCCAUUGAUUCUCUUCUGCUUACUGCUUGGGUUCGGCUGUUAUUUCCUGGGAAGAGCCAGAGGAAGACAAGAUGUCCGCACCAAUGCUCAGGUCUAUGGAGUCCCCACUCCACCUCCUGGUUCUGCAGCUGAGGCUGCUACCUCUUAUCCUUCACCUCCUCCUGCACACACCAAGCUUUUCAACAACUCUGCAAAUGUUUAAGCUCCAUCUCCAAUCCCUCAUCUAAAGAUUAUUUAUUUCUUUUUUCUUUUUUUGUUUGUGUUCCUUUAAAUUCUCUGCAUGUAAAGAGUGAUUAAUUUUCCAAAUUUAUUGUAAAAUACCUUUUCUUUCUUCCAGUUUUUUGUUCUUGAUAUAAUUACUGGUGUGAGAUGGAAAAAAGACAAUACAGAAUUGGGUGUUAAAGAACUUUUCA